UUCUUCUGGCUUCACGGAAGUAUAGAUAGGCAGAUGUCUGUUUUUAGUAGUAGAGAUAUUUCUGUCACCACUGCCAGCUUGCAGUUUUUGUGGAAGUCUAACUUGACCAGCUCAGUACCUUUGACUUCUCAAAGUUACGAACAUCGUAACAAGCGUGUCUAAAACCUCUGUGCAAACUCAAACUAUUAGCUGGGAUAGGACUUCAGCAACCUCGUGGCAGUAGAGUUCAUCAUGACAGCAGUUCCAGAAUACUGCACCCUGUUCGAUUGCCUUCAAGACCAGUCACUGCUAGAGGGGAUUCGAGAGAUUCUUGCUGUCCAGGAGCCACCCCUACCUGACGACAGUACAUCUAAUAAUGAAGAUGUGGGGGACUUUCUCUGGGAAAAGAGUCAUUUGGAUGAAAAGAAGGCAGAGGGUGUUCCUGUUGGGGAGGUCUCAGACAGGAUGUUUUGUUCAGCCUGUCAGUGUCCCUUUGACAGCCGUGAAGAGCAGACAGAGCACUACAAACUGGACUGGCACCGCUUCAACCUGAGACAGAGGCUGGUGGGGCGAAGCCCGGCCACGGCUGAGGAGUUUGAGAGGAAGACGGGAGCAGGUGAUAUGUCCAGCAUCUCAGGCUCAGACUCCGAGGACACGGAUUCGGGCAGCGAUCGGUGUUCCCGUGGUGUUGAGGACCCGGCCUCUGGUGGGACUGAGAGCCCUGUUAAAAUGGAGGAUCCCCUCAGCCGCCUGAGCCCCAGGGUGGUCUUCCAGAAUGCUCAGGGAAAGUACCUGUCUGUGUAUCGCUGUGUCCUGCAGAAUAAGAAGAUGGAGGAGGUGGAGGACCUGGUUCCUACCUUGCUGAGUUUCAGUAACAAGUCUGUGUGGGUCGUUUUGAUGACUGGAGGGGGACACUUUGCAGGAGCCGUUUUUCAGGGGAAAGAGGUCCUGCAGCACAAGACGUUUCACCGGUACACGGUGCGGGCCAAGCGGGGCACGGCUCAGGGGCUGCGGGACUCCCAGAGCCGCGGCAACGCGCCCAAAUCUGCCGGCGCGACGCUGCGGCGCUACAAUGAGGCUAUGCUGGUUAAGGAUGUGCAGGACCUGCUGGAGAGUUGGUCCGAGCACCUGAAGGAGGCGAGUGUGAUCUUCCUCCGCGCCCCCAGCUACAACCGCAGCAUCUUUUUCGGGGGGCGGGCGGCCCCCUUUGACAAGAACGACCCCCGCGUUCGCACCUUGCCUUUCGCCACCCGCCGGGCCACUUUUCGGGAGGUCGUAAGGGUGCACGCGACCCUCUCCACACUACACAUCUACGGGAAAGACACUGAUGUCUCCAGCAUCUUCUGCCCUUCAAAGAAAGCAUGGAGAAAGAAGCCCAGUAGACCAGAAGGAGCAGCAGACACCAGCCCUGCUCCUGUAACUGCGCCCCCUGUGGCAGCGGAAGGAGAAGAGCCGCAGGAGGACGGGAGCACAGACGAGGGGGACGUUGAGCUGGUGGAGGUCGAGGUGACUCUGGACACUCUGGAGCUCCGCGAGUUCGAGGUCCACCCCAGCAGGAGGCGCCGGAGGAAGAAAAAAGAGGGACACAGAGGGGCGGAAGUACCCAUAGAGCCGGAGGAGCCGAGGGAGGGCGCGGACCAGAACGGGGCGGGGCACGCGGACGAGGAGGAGAGGCGCGCGAAGCGGAGGCCCAGGAGGGCCAAAAAGACGCAGCGCGCGGAGGAAGACGCGGGCGCGGACCGCGGGGAGUACGGCCUGCUGGACGCCGUCUACACCGCCUGCAAGACGGGGCAGCUGGACGCCCUGCGCGGCCUCCUGCGGCCGCCGGGCCGCGAGGACGAGGAGGGGCGCGACGACGAAGGCCCGGGGCGUCGGCCUUCCCCCGCCUUCCUGAACCGGGAGAUGGACUCGUCCGGGUUCACCCUCCUGCAUGUGGCUUCAGCCGCGGCUCAGCGGGGCGUGGUCAGGCUGCUGAUGGACGCAGGCUGUGACCCAGCGUGCAGAGAUGUUAAGGGACAGACGCCCUACGCCGUGGCACCUGACAAGGACACCAGGAACGUCUUCCGCAAGUACAUGGCUGAGCACCCCGAUAAGUACGACUACAGCAAAGCGCAGAUCCCGGGGCCGCUGACGGAGGAGAUCGAGCUGAAGAAGGCCGAGAAGAGGCGUGCGCAAAAGGUCGCCAGAAAGCAGCGAGAGAAGGAGCAGAAAGAGGAGAGGCAGAAGCAGGAGGCGGAGCUGGCGGAGCAGAGGAAGUUCACGUCUCUCAGCGACAGGGAAAAGAGGGCCCUGGCUGCAGAGAAGAGAUUGGCACAGCAGAUGACCUCCACCGGGACCGAGUUCACCAAUACCAGGCGGUGCUGGCAGUGUGGAGAGUCUCUGCUGGGGAAGAUCCCCUUCGAGUACCUGCACUUCUCUUUCUGCACACCCCGCUGUGUCCAGCUGCACCGCAAGGCCAAGGCCUCCGACACCAAGCCGUGACCUUUGACCUCUCGCGUCCUGCCGUGACCUCUCAUAUCUGAACCUCACCAGAUGCAGAGCAGUCUGAUUCGGAGAGAGGCCUGUUGCUACUGCCACUACCUCACCUCCUGCCUGUCGCCCUCUAUGGACAGUUAAUCUGGAUGAGCAUUACCGCCUGUAAUACUAAAGGGAAAUGUAGUUUCCUGACUUAAUAAUGUUAUGUUUAAUUUAACAUUUCAGUAUGAUUUUGUACAUGCAGGGUCUCCUGGCCUCAUGCAUGUUGCAUUUCACAUGAUACUGUGUUGUGUCAUGACCAGCUGUAUCAUAAUGUUUAUAGCAAUAGAAUAAUUGCAGGAAUGCAUGCAAUUAUAAUAAUUAUUCAUUAUUAUUAUAAUUAAUUGUAAUAUUUAUUCAUAUAAAAAAUUACAUAUAAAAUGUAAUUACCAGUGUCCACUUACAUGUUGACCUUGUAAUCUGAAUGCUUUUAGUUGAUUGCAGCACUUGGAAAUAAUGGAAAACCAUUUAAUGUGCACAAACCACAUAAUGUUUUGCAGUUUUGUGUAAUUGCCACUUCAUUUGAUUUAAAACCCCACAUGAAUAUUUGUACAAUCAGGAAUGAUUACCAUUUUGAAUUAAAUGUUUUACAAGUACCAAUUAAAGAUUGAAUAUGGCCUGGCUAAUUUGGUUAAGGCACUACACUGUGGUGCAUGGAUGAGUCUUGCAGCCUCUGGACCAUGCCAGUGCAGACUGUGGCUGGUGGCUUCAUAGGGUGACAUGCAAUUGGCGAUGAGCUUCGUGUUCAUUGCUAUCUAGCGACCCCCCGCUGGUCGAUCGGGCGCCUGUAGAUUGCAGUCAAAGCAGUGAACAGGUCUUCCUCUGACUCUGCCCUGUGCGAGCUCAACUGUAGUCUGCUGUGUGUAAAUAAGCAGCUGGUGACACUAAGUGUUUCUGAGGAGAGCCGUGGAUGUCUGCACUCUCACAAAUAGUGUUACAGUUUGUAGUUCCAAAACCCGGGAGGGAGUUUGCAUAUUUCAGCCAUGGGAUCCCUUCGCAGAUUUCCAAUUAUUUUUUCCCCCUGGGGAUUUAGAUUUCUGUGGAAAAUAAGGUCUGUGGUUAACGUAAGCCCAAGAGAGUUUCAUAUUUUGUACUAGGAGAUAAAUUACACCCCUUAAUAUCUCAACUGUGAAUUUCGAAGCCAUUAUGUGCUUUAAAAGUUAAGUUGCUAUCAAGCAACCUGCUUUUUGAAAGCACAUAAUGGUGAAGGAAUGUGUAUAGUUUAAGGGUUUAGGAACUGAGUGUGUAACUAAAAGCUUGCAGGUUUGAGUCCCAGCCCGGGCACAGCUGCUGUACCCUUGAGCAAGCACUUUUUCUGAAUUGCUUCAAUAAAAUAUCCUGGUGUAUAAAUGGAUUGUUUGAAAAACUAAUCUGUGUAAGCAACUCUACUAAAGUGUCUACUAAAGUCUACUAAGGCUCACCUCUCAGAUAGAACUAGCUCUGUGAUGUAGCACUGUGUGGCCUGUAGGGGGCAAAAAUGACCAGUCUGUAGACGAGGCAUGAAAUCAGAGUGCAUGUCCUUCAGUCACUGUGCUCUGACUGUGGAGGUGCAGGUGGCAGAACUUCAGAGGAACAUUUCAGCACCUGGUUAUUUUGUAUUUCAUGCAUGUCAUCUUAAAAUAAGUGGACGUGGAGCAUCACGGUUCGGUAUAGUGCAUUUUAAUGUAAGGCAUGAAAAGUUACAAUAUGAACAAAUUCUGCAUUUGCUUGGGCAGCAAACCUCUGAACCACACCAACUCUGGCUUUAUUUGAUCACAUCUCAACACAGGUCCUAUGAGUGGAGGCUUUUCUUUUCCUAAGCUAUCAACUGAAAACCAGACGUCCUUCCUUCACCUUUCACACUGAAACGUUUGAAAGCUGGAACUGUACAUCAUAGCGCAGGAA